UGUUUUGUAUUUAUUUUGCUUGAGUUCCGAAUAUUUUUAUUUUUCGCCUGUUUUAACUCCAUAUUUGUUUAUUGGUAAAACCAAGUGAUCAGGCGUACAUAUCAGUGUUCAGUUAUAAGCAAGUAAUGAAUGUUUUGACGACUCAACAGCGAUUCAUGAACUCUGGCCAGCAGCCAGUCACUACUGGCUUGCAGCAGGUUGACAGGGAUAAGAUAUAUGAGUGGAUUCUGGAGUUAUCCAGCCCUGACACACGUGAAAAUGCCCUGCUUGAGCUCAGUAAAAAGAGAGAGGUCGUUCCAGACCUUGCACCUAUGCUGUGGCAUUCGUUUGGGACGAUAGCUGCACUUUUGCAAGAGAUUGUAAGCAUCUACCCCUACAUCAACCCACCCCAUCUCACUGCCCACCAAUCGAACAGGGUGUGCAAUGCCCUGGCUCUGCUGCAGUGUGUCGCUUCUCACCCCGAAACCAGGUCAGCCUUUCUUCAAGCUCACAUCCCUCUGUUUCUGUAUCCAUUUUUACACACUGUGAGCAAGACUAGGCCAUUUGAGUAUCUGCGACUAACCAGCCUAGGUGUUAUUGGGGCACUAGUUAAGACGGACGAGCAAGAUGUCAUUAAUUUCCUACUAACAACAGAGAUAAUUCCAUUGUGUCUGAGAAUCAUGGAGUCAGGAAGUGAACUGUCAAAGACUGUCGCAACCUUUAUCCUUCAGAAGAUCCUAUUGGAUGAGACCGGCUUGUCAUACAUCUGUCAAACAUAUGAACGUUUCUCUCAUGUUGCCAUGAUACUCGGAAAAAUGGUGCUGUCACUGGCUAAAGAGCAAUCAGCCAGACUGCUCAAACAUGUGGUACGCUGCUACUUGAGGCUCUCUGAUAAUCCGAGGGCGAGGGAGGCACUGCGACAGUGUCUACCCGACCAGUUGAAAGACAACACGUUUGCCAAAUGUCUGUCCGAUGACAAGUCGACAAAGCACUGGCUCACCCAACUGCUAAAGAACCUGGAAACAACAGCACCGACUGACCCACGCAUGCUCCCGCCACCCAUGCCACAGUGACUGAUGGAGCUCCAAACACUUCUUGUACAUUAACAGGCUGUUCGUAGUAGAUGAUAUCAGACAUUCGUCCAUUUGUCGAGUUCUGAAUGACAAACGUGUCUCUUGUAAGGCGCACACGAUCGGUGACAGCACGUCAGCGAUAUUAAUCUACAUAUGUAUAGAAGACCCUGAUAUUUUAUAGGGGUACCUAUCACCUGACAUUGAUGUUUAGGUGUUACAGGCAUAGACCUUUUAUUGAGUUCCUGAAUGGAACUCUUGCAUUCCUACGUCGAGACUCGCCCCAUCGAUGGCUCCGAUCAACGGUGAAAUGUUAUGUGAUUACAAUUAUGUUGGCAUGCUGAACAUUUCAUGAGAUCACGUCAAUUCUGUGGUGCCAUGACUCUUUGCCAGUUGCAGGUAGUAAGUACAUAGGCACAGACUGUUUAGACAGUUUUUUCAUCUAAGCAGUCGUCAUGUUUGCUUUUCCCUAAAACCUGUUUUCGUCUUGUCUUAUAGAAUUCAAGGUGAAAACAACAUGUAGGGAAUGUCCUUGUAAAUACUCAUCCUAUUCACUUGUCAAACAAAGAUAAAUAUUGAAAUUGAAAUGAAAGAAGAAUUAAGGUACAAUCUUUAGUGUGUCUUUGCACAGCAGUUUACUAUGUGAAGUAAGUAUCAUUGCGGAUUCCAUUUUAUGGAAAAUACAAUGGAAUGUGUAAAUUAGUUUGUAACAAAAAAAGAUGUUGACAUAAUAUACAUGAAUAUAAGUAACGUCGUAGUUACAAGUA